CUCAAAACAAGGAAGAGGUCCAUAUGCGAAGGAAAACUGCAGGACUCUUGUAGAAAUGAUGUACCUGGUAAAUCUAACAGCGAGUUAAAUUGUUUUCAGUUGUGAUAUCAUCUUCUGUGCAGUAUUACUGAGAGCUCGGUGGUUUGUUUUGAGUCAGAAAGGCGUUCGAUAGCGAGCGAAGUGAGGAAAGUCUGAUGUUUUUCUUGAUGAAGAGGUGAAUGUGGAGCAGAGUGGACUGAGGGUCAUUUCGUGUUUCAGGCUGAGUCAGUAUGAAGUGGUUCAGGUGUCCAGCUCGUCACGGUUAUGCGGUGGAAGUAUCUCCUUUUCUCUCCAACAGACUGGCCUGCGCUACAGCUCAGUACUAUGGCAUCGCAGGAUGUGGAACGCUGCUUGUGCUGGAACAGAGUGAAGCUGAUAUUCUGCUCUUAAGAAGCUUUGACUGGAAUGACGGACUCUUCGAUGUGACAUGGAGUGAGAGCAAUGAACAUGUGCUGGUGACAGGAGGAGGAGAUGGGUCACUGCAGAUUUGGGACACAGCUAACCCACAAGGUCCAAUACAAGUCCUGAAGGAGCACACGCAGGAGGUCUAUGCAGUGGAUUGGAGCCAGACUCGGGGGGAGAAUCUGGUGGUCUCUGGGUCCUGGGAUCAUAUAGCCAAAGUGUGGGAUAUGGAGCGCUGUCAGUCCAUGUGUACACUGCAGGGCCAUGAGGGUGUUCUCUACAGCACGAUCUGGUCUCCCCACAUACCAUCCUGUUUAGCCUCUGCUUCAGGAGACGGGACGCUUCGCGUUUGGGAUGUGAAAACAGGGUCAUGUCGAUUGGCCAUCCCUGCACACAAGGCCGAGAUCCUCAGCUGUGACUGGUGUAAAUAUGACCAGAAUGUUUUGGUGACUGGAGCUGUUGAUUGCAGUCUGUGCGUGUGGGACUUGCGGAGUGUGCGCCAGCCUUUGGCUCAAAUGUUAAGCCACACUUACGCCAUUCGGAGAGUGAAGUUCUCCCCAUUUUACAAGACAGUGCUGGCAUCCUGCUCAUACGACUUCACAGUCAGGUUCUGGGAUUACUCCAGGAGUCCGAUGCUGUUGGACACAUUGGAGCACCACUCAGAGUUUGUAUGUGGCCUGGAUUUCAAUCUGCAUAUCCCCAACCAGGUGGUGGACUGUUCUUGGGAUGAGACAAUAAAAAUCUACACCCCUCCGUGCUUGGCCGCUCUGCAAGAAGUUGCUUCUUAGAGAGAAAGUCCCUGCAGUGGAGGAGGAGGAUGCGUUUCAGUGGUGUUGUUUUUUCUCACUCAUAUUCUGACUAAUCCUGCCGGCCAACCGUAGGGCAGGAUAUGCAAGUUUUCCAAGAAUUCACUGCUGUCUUUUUAGUGGCAUGUUUAAAAGGUUACCUCUGGAGCAUAAUGUAAAUCAGGCCUAUCUCAGCGGUCACUGGGCGGAAGGCAGGAAACACCCUGGACAGGUCACCAGUCCAUCGCAGGGCAGCCUGUAAAACAUUAACCUAAAAAUUACAAAUUAGCAUUCAUAUAUUUAAAUAAUAAUAAUAAUAAUAAUAAUAACAAUAAUCUUGUUUUCAGUAAAGUUAAUGCUGUGUGGUGAGCUGGAUAGAAGAAAACAAGUUCAGUUCCUCUUCUCCUCGUUGCAGACUUUUGCACAGUACUGCAGAUGUCCAGGAGCAAGGUUGCUCAUCUUUGCAGUGUCAGAGAUGCUCCCCUAAGAGUCAUCAUGGAGUGCCAAGUUUAAGACUUUUAAACUGUGAAAGCAGUAAAAAUGAUCCCUGUAUUAUCCCCAUGUCCCUAUAUUUUAUUUUUCUCUGAGGUCUAUAACAUUUUGGUUUUAUUUAUCAAAUGUGGUCAGAAUUCUUUUUUUUAGGACCAUUUUCCAUCCUCUCUUCAUCCUUUAGAAUCAAACCGGUUGUUUUUGCUACUGUGCCUUUAAGACUGGCUCUGUUCUGAUUGCCUGUCCUGUAUUGCAUUUCAUGAUGAAAUAUCCCUUAUAACUUCAUUGUGAAUGGGUGGGGCUAAACUGCUGUAGGCUGGAUAUGUGGAUAUAUAGAAAUGAUUUUUUGUGUGACAGCACUAAAACAGUGAUUUCAAAACAGGCAGUUUAGUCUCCAUCUAAGGACUGUAUGGACUGCAGAGUGAAAAGUAUGUUUUGAAACUGUAACAAUGUCCAUAUACUACAUUAAACUUUUAUUUAAAAAAAAAGGAAGAAAAUUUGAGUUUCCCUGAUGUUGGUCCUUUAUGAAAACUGCUGUUUGUGUUCAUUUUCUGUGUGUGGAAUGAAAACUGAGUGCCUUCCUGAUAAAUGCUACAUGGACAGUCCUGUUGGGGGCCAGGGGUUAUUUCACAAAGCAAGAUUUCUCACUUAACCAAAUAAAGUCAAGCCUGUCCAAUAGAAGAGGUAAAGGACAUUGCUAUUGGACAGUCCUCAUUUGAGAGACAUGAUUUGCAUUAGAUAGUCAGUUUUGAAGUUUGAACAGACAAAAAGGUCCAGUGAUGCUACAUUUAAAGAACACUAUCAAAAACUAUGAAUAUGGAGACUUUUAUUUAACAUUUUAUGUACUGUACUGCACUAAAUCCAAUAAACAGGCCUAAUUGUGCUUUUA